ACUCCAGAUAUGUUUUUGUUUUGAUCAUUAUAAUAUGAUGUAAAGCUCAGUCAAUUUUACAUGAUACUUCCCCUUUUAAUCAAUUACAUUUCAGUUCACUGUCAGACAUUAGAGCAGCUUAAGGUCAAAAACUUAGCAGUUCUCACCAUUAAAAAACAUACAUUUGAUCAGCGGGUCGUAAGAAAAUAAUAGAAGUAAUUUGCUCAUCACCAGUUGUUCUGGACCUUUUCCUCGAUAUCCAGUUUGGAUGUUUGAACAUGAAGUUUGAGAACCCUGGGUUUACUCAGAACUAGUAAUAUUUGUAAAAGUCAAACUGUGAAAAUGUUUACAUCUGUUUAUUUUUGGGACAGUGAAAGCCUCCCAACCCCGGGACCACUGCUUGUCAUGUUCCGUGUUUUUCUGUGUGUUUAUUAUCCCUUCCUCCGCUGCCGGCUCCCAGGCGCCUCUCUGGACUUCCUCCGCUGCUGGCUCCAACAGUCCGCUCCGGACCACUUCCGCUCCCAUCCCCAGUUAGUGGGUUAUCGGCCCCAGUUAGUGGGUGUUUCCCUAGUGCCAGUUCCGAGUCUCCGCCCCUUAGUGCUCCUCCCGAGACUCUUAGUGCUCCUCUCGAGCCCCCGCCUCUCAGUGCUCCUAGUUGUCGCCGCCUCCGGGCGGCCCCAGAGACUCUUUGUCGCUGCCUGGUCUUUUGGAUUUUGAUUUUCAUUAAAAACUAUCUAUUCAUCUCGACCUGGGUCUGUUGUCUGUUGCCUCUGCCUCACCACCGCACCACAUGACACUGCUGUGUCAGCCAUCCCUUUAACUCUCCCACAUUCCUAUUAUGUCAGUCACAAUCCUCAUGACCUGAGGCAGUCGCAAAGAUGGAUCCACCCUUCAUCAUCCUUCAUCAUCCUCACACACUUCAGCAGCACUCUCUGAUUGGGUUAAUUUUUCACUUUGUGUCCAGUUGGAUGUGCCUGUAUUCCUCUCUCUAACCUGGAGGAGGGAGAAGGUGUUUAAUGUCUGUCAGCAUAUUGCUGCACCGCAGGGAGUCUGAGCAGUCUGUGUGUGUGGGGGGGAGGGUGUGUGUGUGAGACUGCUGUCCAUGUGAACAAGUUGUGUAAGCUUAUUACCUCCACCACUGGUCAGAGGAGCAGAUUGGGGUUAGUCUAAGCCUUAAUCCUUGUGAACCUUAUGCCUGUUAUACAGGAAGCACGACAGAGUCCUUAGCCCCGCCUCCUCCUCCUCACGGCCACAGACUGCUCACAGACGCGCGCGCCACAACACCACACGCCAUCCCUGCUGUCUUGUUUACCACUUUACUGGAAGUGGACGGGGUUGUGGAGGAAGGGGAGCGAACGGCGCACACUGUUGAGUAGUUCCCCAGUCGCCAUGACGACCUCACACCCCACCAUCCUCAGAACUGUCUCCGUGUUGCCUCGGUGACCUGAUCCCGUUUUGUCUCCAUCCCUCCGAUGAUCCGGAUUGGGCUGAUAAGGGAGCGCAAUCCGGCUGCCGGCGUCUGGUUUUCUCCAAACAGCAGCCUCUGGUCCAGGAGCGGGGAGGCGAUCCGUGAUGGGAAUGCUGGGAACGCUGCGGGAGUAGCACCGGAGCGUUGCCUGGAAACAGCAGCAUGCCGGUACAGCAGAUAACUGUGGUCCCGGCGAGAGAGACGGCUGGCAACGGAAAGAGUGCCUCUCGCUCCAAAGAAAAGAACGAGGGAAGGAAAGCUCCUGGGCGCUCUGGCAGUCGGUCCAGCAGCAUUUCCAAGGUCAGCAACACAGCUUCAAGAGCAUCAACAACCCCGUCUGCUCAGGACAUCUGCAGCUCUGGCCAGCCGACCCGCUUAGAUGAUAUUUCUGAGUCCCGCAAGCCCAGCAAGCACAAACCCAAUCCCUCUGCCAUGACAGUCACCGGCACGGCCCUGAGCGCGUCGGCCCAGGCCCAGAAGAAGAAGAGACGGCACCGCCGCAAGAGGAGCAGCUGCUCCACCUUCGACUGCGUGGACCCGAGCGGCAAACAGGAGCAGAGCGACCGCAGCCUCAGCUCCGACCGCAGCGAGCUGGGCGAGAAGCGGGAGCGCUCCUUCAGGAACCGCAAGGAGCUUCCUCCCCGCCUCAGGCGCUCCGGCGCGGCGCAGUCCGACUCCUCCACCGAGGACGAGGCUGGGCGGGAAGCCCGCAGCUGGAGCAAAGAGAAAGCCCGACGAGCGCGGCGCCGCAGCGUCAGCAGCCGAGAGAGGGACGCCGCAGGCGGCCGCGGAGCGCAGCAGGACAAGGGCGAGGCCAUGGAGCUGCAGUCGGUGGACUCGGACGAGGAGAAGGAGAACCAGCCCCGGGUGGAGGACAGCGGCGGCCUCAAGAAGAGACACAGCACCAGGGGCUCAGCGAAGAGCCCCGUCUCCCGGAACCAAAGGUCCCGAAGCAGAGAGGGGGAGAAGAAGAGCUGCCGGUCCCGGAGUUCCAGAGACAGCUCCUCGCUGGCGGAGGACGGCGAGCAACUGAUCACCAAGAGAUACCAGGAGAGGGGGUCUGGAGACGGGAACAUGUCGGUGCCCAUCCCCCAGAACCACUGCGGGGCCGGGGAGGGUCACGGGGGCACAGCCGGACCCGGUUCAGACGACUCUGAGCUGGAGGUCUGCAGGAUCUGCCACUGUGAGGGGGACGAGGACUGUCCACUGAUCACGCCCUGCCGCUGCACCGGCAGCCUGAGCUUCGUUCACCAGGGCUGCCUCAACCAGUGGAUCAAGUCGUCCGACACGCGCUGCUGUGAGCUCUGCAAGUUCGACUUCAUCAUGGAAACCAAGCUCAAACCUCUGAGCAAGUGGGAGAAGCUGCACAUGACGAAGAGCGAGAGGAGGAAGAUCUUCUGUUCGGUUUUGUUUCACCUCAUAGCUAUAGUGUGUAUGUUGUGGUCUGUCUACAUUCUGGUCAAGAGAACCACGGACGAGAUCCGACUGGGGAAGAACGAUGAGUUACGGAGAGUUUCUCUUCUAAAGUACUAUUCAGCUCAGGGUAAGCAGCUCUGCGCACACACUCUCCCCCCGUCCUCCAGCGCUCCCCUUGGAGCCCGGCUGACUGCGGGUUGGGGGGUUCUCUGCCUCCACAGGUGUGCUGGAGUGGCCCUUCUGGACCAAGCUGAUCGUGGUGGCCAUCGGCUUCACGGGCGGCCUCAUCUUCAUGUACAUCCAGUGCAAAGUUUACCUGCAGCUGUGGCGCCGCCUCAAGGCCUUCAACCGCAUCAUCACGGUGCAGAACUGCCCGGAGAAGAACCUGCACCACCCACCUCAGGCCCGGCCCGGCGCCAUGUCCAACGGGAAGCACGGAGCUGUGGAGGUUCCCGUCGCUCCGGCUCAGGCUCCUGCUCCUGCUCAGGACAUGGACUCGGACUUGUCCGUGGAGGCUGCGGUGGCUCCGGACCCAAACCCCGUCUGACCGAUGCUCCUGCAUGCCGGACCACGCUCUGCUCUGUUCAGAGAGGCAGGCGAGAGAGCAAGGCGUGAUUCAAGACUCAGGUGGUACUUUCUACUCAGCCGCAGCGAUAACUGGUCUUUGAGAUGCAGCAGAUGAGUCCAAGUACUGAUCCCGUCCAGGACAGCUGGCAUGAUGUGGAGGGACAAAACGCAAGAGACCAGUAAGAAAAGGGAGACAAUAAGAGGGGGACUGAAGAGAAAAGACGUGGUUUAAUGGCCUGGUUGAUGCCAUGUUAUAAGUAUGCACUUUCUAAACCUGCACUGAUAGAAAUGAUGUAGUUGAAACUCCUGAGGAUGGGUUCAACCAGAGGUCAGUGUGCUUCAAAUACGCCUAGCAAACUGAAGACCGAGUUCACAUAUAAAGCUUCACACAUCCCACAUAUACCAGACAAUAUAUAAUACGAUAGACACAUGAUCAAUGUCAAUGGAUAAUGCAACUGAUAGAAAAUUAAAUAUUGAGAAUAUUCACUGAACUCCACAGCAUUCUGGAAGAUGUAGGCAAAGGUUUAGCUGCUCAAGGCUAGCAAAGCAAAGUUGCUGGCAUCAGGUGGCCAGGUAACAACCAGCCCCUCAUUCUACGCUGUUUGCUUCGUACAGUCCAGAUUCUCAGCUGUUGAGAAACGAUUGCUUCCUGGAGGCAUGGAAUCAGGUGAAGUUUUAAACUUUACCCAAAUGCCAACAUUUCUCCGUGACAUAUGUAAUGCGCUGGCUUCCUAGCUGGGAAGCUAUGAAGCUUCCUGAAAAUUGGCUGCACUGUAAACAAUCGUCCUCCGCUGCAAAGAGAGAAGGGCAGAGCUAAACAAGAUGGCUGUCAUUUGAUAAUUCGAUAUUUGGAAGCGAGACCAAAGCACACUCUGAUCGACUUCGUUCACUUCCCACACUGCCAUUGCUAAAACAACAGGCAAAUCUAAAACAGUGCAGAAAAUCAACGUCAUCGUUGUCGACUCCUCCUGCUGUUUCUGAUUGGCCUGGUAGAAAAUCUACUGGAGGAAAAUCAGUGCUGGGAGAAAACCCAUACUGAAGGCUAGUGGCGUCAACUGACUCACUCACUCAUUGGUUACCUAGCAACAACCUGUUCAGUAACUUGCGCAGCAGGAGUGUCAGGUUUUGCCACAGUGUCUCAUAACUUCUUAAAAAAUAAAAAUCAGCAUGGAGAAAAAACUGUGGAUAAAACAGGAACAGUCACACCAGACGUUUGGCAGGAUUUUAAAUAUCUAAAACAAAAAACUAAUCAGUAAUUAUCAAUAGACUGAUAUGAAACACUUAUGUUUUUCAGCCAUAUCGUCGAAAUAUCCAGCAGAUGAUGAUGUAGAAACGUACAUUAGUUCAAAUCCUCUCAGCCGCCACCUCUAACCGUCACAUUUACACACUGAUCAGACCCACUAACUGGUUUUGUCUACAUUGCAGAAGUAUUCGUGCCCCUGAAAAUCCCUCCUGUCAAACUGCCCCGGGGCAGAUGUGGCUACAAGCUAGCUCCCCACCAUCAGUGUGUGAAGGACUCUGGAGUUGUAGAAGAACAGGACUUUUACAGAUAUUUAACAUUCUGUCAUUACAGCCACAAAGUUCUUUCAUUUCAACAGGAUUUUAUUUGAUACACAAACAUAAAAUAAAGUUCUGGAUGUAUUUUAAUGUAGCCUCCCUUUUAUCUGACACUACUAAAUAAAACCCAGAUGCUCCACAGAGCGGUUCAUAUGAGACUUUGUCCAUGACUGGAAGCACACUGACACCUUCAAACACUCAGGUCUUCAGACACCAAAGACUUGUAAUUAUUAAAGCAUUUAGUCUUAAUUCCAGUCUGAAUCUAAAUAUGUGACCUUUUUAAAUGUAUUAGGGCAGUUUUGUUGUCGUUUGUGGUUCUUACUCUGCAGUCAGUGAUUUCAAUGUCAAUGAUUAGAGGUUUUACAGUUGCCAUCUGUUGGUGUUUUUUUGUUAGAUUGCAGCCGUGUUUGUCUAAACC